AUGCUCACCGAGCAAUUGGUCGCCUCGAUAGGCGUACCGCUCAAGACACCAGGAACGCACAUUGCGAAGGAUGCUGCGAUCUUCAUCAACACAUUCCAGCCCGCUGGCGGUGCGCAAGGAAUCUUUAAAAAGUCCGCUGCACCCGCAAAUUGUCUAGCCAUAAGCGAAUCGCAUAUUUUCGCUGCCCAAAUCGACAAAGCCGUCGUGCAUGUCUACAGUCGCGAGAGAAACAACCAAGAAGCCACUGUACCAUUUCCAGAACGUAUCACUUCAUUAUUAUUAGCAUGUCAAGAUUCCGUCCUCGUGCUAGGGACGAAUGACGGAAGACUUUUUGCGUGGGAGGUCGCAUCGGGACGACUUGUUGCGACUAAGCAGGCUCAUCUGCAAGCCGUCACAGCAUUGACCGUAGACGAACGAUCAAAUUUUCUCUUGUCCGCAUCGGCAGACUCGACGAUUCAUGUCUGGAGUCUUCCGGAGCUGCUAGCGUUUUCGAGUGCUGAGGACACUUCGCCGGUCCGAACAUUUUCUACUCAUCGGUCAAAAGUUGUUGCAUUAGCAAUUGGUCAUGGCGCUUCAUCGUGCAAUUUCGCUGUGUCGGUCGCCGAGGACAAGACAUGUCUGGUCUGGGACUACAAGAGCAAUGGACUCCUGCGGACGUUCCUAUUGCCAGCUGUUGCUACAUGCAUAGCUCUGGAUCCAGCAGACCGUGCAUUUUAUCUUGGGUAUCGGGAUGGGAGUGUCCAGCAAAUCGAUCUGUACCGAAGUGCGAACGGAUCGUUCGAUGCAGUGCAGAAUGGAAGCGGCGCCACGAACCCUAUUCAACCCAAAGCGUCAUCAUGCUGGAAGCUCCAGGAUGCUUCGUUGGGUGGCAUAUUAAGCAUGGUAUUGUCUUUUGAUGGCACAACUCUAAUCACUGGUCAUGAGUCCGGUGCACUGCUGAGCUGGGACACGAAUCGUGGGAGCUACCUAUCAGAUCUACCACAAUCACCACUGCCAGGACCCGUCACAAAUGUGGUAUUGCUCCCAGUGACAGGAUUCGUCAACCAAGACGGCGAACAAUCUGCUCGGACACGAGUGUCAGAGAUCACAAAGCCAAAAUUUGGCGCGCACACAACAGACGAAGGUUACGGGGUGCCGGGAAACUAUUCGCUGAACGUACAACUCUCGACCAAGCUCUCAGCUCCCGAUACCUCCAAUGAUUUCUACAACGCGCUCACUGGACCGUCGUUUCCCACAUCAAUCUUAGACCAAGGUCUUUCCGAACUCGCGUCCUGGGGCCAGAAUGCCACCGGCACGACCGCGUCGACAAAUGGUGGCUCGGCCGAACACGGCGAAGAUUUCAUGCGAGUACAAACCACAAGUCUGCAGAGCGUGUAUCAGUUGAGCGAAGAAAAGAAGGUGCUUCUCCGACGAGAACAAGCUCGGUCGGCGGCGCAGAAUGGGAGCGUCUCCAGUGGAGAGGAUUAG